UGAUGUCCGGUCCAUAGUAGGGUUUUAUAAGUUUCAACUUUGAAGUUCAAGGCUUUAAUCUCCUCCUUGUUUGUAUUUUGGCUCCUCCUUGUUUAAACUCCAAUCAAAAUCUCAUCUUUGUCUCUGAAGACGAAGCGCAUAGGAUUUUUUCAUUUAUUUCAAUACGUAUUUGUGAUUUGUCGUUGAGUUUACACAAUCCGAUAUUGUGAAUAGAGAGACUAAGAUUAAGCAAUGGAAACGGAUCUGAAUGAUUAUACUGUUAUCAAGGAAGGAGAAGCUGAGAUUCUCAUGCACAAGAAGAAUCAAGUCUUCUUCAAUAAAGCUCAGGUGAACAAUAGAGAUAUGUCUAUUGCUGUCCUAAGGGAAUUUAUAUCGAAACGCAAGCAAGAGUAUGAAGGUAAGCCAUCUAAAAGAACUAGAUCAGCUUCUAAAGUGAACGGCAAGGAUUCUUCUGAUGCUUCCAAGGAAGAUACUCCUAGUGAGAACGGUUUGAGUAAUGGUGAACACAAAGUAGCAUCUGAGGAUGGUCCACCAAGCUCUGCAUCAAAAGAUCCUGCCAAGACAACAGAAGGAUUUGCACCUAGAGAACCCAAGCCACCAAAAGUGCUUGAGGCUUUGUCAGCUUCUGGGUUACGGGCUCUAAGAUAUGCACGUGAGAUAGAAGGAAUUGGUCAGGUUGUUGCGUUGGACAAUGACCUAGCAUCUGUCGAAGCUUGCCAGAGAAACAUAAAGUUCAGUGGCUCGGUGGCUAUAUCAAAGGUGGAGUCACAUCAUACAGAUGCUCGUGUCCAUAUGAUCACCCACCCUAAAGAAUUUGAUGUGGUUGAUCUUGAUCCAUAUGGAUCACCGUCUAUUUUCCUUGACUCGGCUAUACAAUCUGUCACGGAUGGUGGAUUGCUUAUGUGUACAGCAACUGACAUGGCAGUGUUAUGUGGUGGUAACGGUGAAGUUUGCUAUUCCAAAUAUGGUUCUUACCCAUUGAGAGGAAAGUAUUGUCAUGAGAUGGCUUUGCGGAUCCUUCUUGCCAGCAUCGAGAGCCAUGCAAACCGCUACAAGCGGUAUAUUGUUCCGGUGCUAUCUGUGCAAAUGGAUUUCUAUGUUCGUGUCUUUGUCCGCGUUUACACCUCGGCGAGUGCAAUGAAGAACACUCCAUUGAAGCUUUCUUACGUCUAUCAAUGCAUUGGCUGUGAUUCAUUUCAUCUCCAACCUGUCGGAAGAUCUCUCCCUAAGAACAACAGUGUGAGGUAUCUACCAGCAAUUGGUCCGGUUGUGCAGCAGGAAUGCAGCCACUGUGGGAAGAAGUAUAACAUGGGUGGACCAAUAUGGUCUGCUCCAAUGCAUGAUCCAGAAUGGGUGACUUCGAUUUUAAGCAGUGUGAAUUCCAUGAAAGACAGAUAUCCUGCUUAUGACAAGAUCUCUGCUGUACUUACUACAGUCUCCGAGGAAUUGCUAGAUGUUCCUCUGUAUUUGAGUCUGCAUAAUCUUUGUGCGACUCUAAAAUGCAUUUCACCAUCAGCUGCUAUGUUUCGGUCAGCGGUUAUUAAUGCUAAUUACCGGAUCUCGGGGACUCAUGUGAAUCCGCUCGGCAUGAAAACUGAUGCUCCUAUGGAGAUUAUCUGGGACAUUAUGCGCUGCUGGGUAAAGAAUCAUCCUAUUAAGGCACAAUCCCCUGAACACCCCGGAAGUAUAAUUUUGUCCAAAGAACCAUCACAUCAGGUUGAUUUUUCGCGUCACAUUGGUUCGUUGAGCAAGGCGCAGGCGAAGAAAAUAGCUCGUUUUCUUCCGAAUCCAGAGAAGCAUUGGGGUCCAAAGCUUAGGGCUGGUCGCCAAAUCACGAGCAAACAUGUUUCGCUGAUUGGUCAUGGAGCCGUUAAUGGUCAUCUUAAUCAACACCAUGAAGAACUUAAAGAAGAAGAUGAAGAUGGAGCAGAGCAAGAAGAUAACCUCAAAGACAAGGUUGAUCUGAAACGCCAGAAGACAACAACAGAGGAUAUUUCUUCAACAUCAUAAAACAAGUCAGAGAUCACAUUUUCUGUUUAACCAUUUUUGAUAGUACUGAGCGUUGUGACCCAUUUGUUCAGAUUCUUUCUGUUGUGAUCUUAUUAGUUUUCUCAUUUAAAAAUUUACCCUUGUAGUGAUUUUAAUUUAUUUUUGGAUUAAAAAUAAAAAAAUUAAAGUAUUUUAUUGAAUU